UUGUCUGGAAUUUUAACGUUUAGGGUUAAAGGUAAAUAUUUGGGAGACCUGUGAUCCCAAGGAAUAGUUGACACUGAGUUAUGAACAAAGUCCCCCAGGGAUUGUGAGAAAAGGUAAAGAGCCAGGCGCCAGGCCCACAAAUCAUUCAAAUUUCCAGUGACCCUUUGCAACGUGCUCCUCUGUGUUGUACGAGUAUGAAUGUCCCCCUUAGGGUCUUCACUGCAGAGGUAUAAUCUGAUUGUUCACUGUGGUCCACCUCCGUGAGAUAAGGUUUAGUUGUCCAUGAUCUGCCAUAUUGGAUGGGCUCCUUUCCAUUUGGAAUUACGGACUUCGGGAAAUAAAAUUAAAAACCUUAGUUGAGAGGCUUUUCAAAAACAAACCUUGUACAUCUUCAGCCUAGAGGAGUCUUUCACUGAAAACUAAGGCAGAAUUCCCAGUGUUUGGGGCUGCCCAGUUGCUUCCCACUCAGACCAUUAGAAACAAAGUCAGUCUGAAGAAUAUACGUAGCAAAAUCAAGGGUAGCUAGAAGUGAAUGAGCUGAAACUGGAGGGAAAUCCCUUUGUUCAAUUUGGUUUCAUUGAAUGCUCAGCAGGUGGCUAAACCAGUUCAUUAAUAGAAAAAAAGACAUGUUCUUAAAUGCUGCUCUCAGAAGCAAGUGCCUAGAAGAGCAUAUUGUGAUGACCAAAACUGCAUUGUAGAAAUCAUACGCUCUAGACUCAUGAAACUUUAGUUUGUGUCAUCAGCGAAGACACAUAUCAUUUACCCCCAAAUAUUUUCCCAUUUAUGUGUAACAAUGGACUGGAAUUGAUCUGUCUGCCAUGUGCCACUCCCCGCUCCUAGAAAAAUGUGAUUUUUCUCUCACUGCUCUGGAGCUCAGAAACAUCUGUAUUUAGGAAUGUUGGAUGUUAUAGGACCAUUUUUGGCCAUGUACUUUUUUUUUAUGUAAUUGACAUAUUAAAACCUUUCCUGUGGUUUUGAAAUCUAAGUUCAGACCUGAAAUGCAGUCUGCAAGUAGCAUCCUGUCAAACUUAGAUGUGUUCUUUUUCUGAACUGUCUCUCCUCUGCCGUAUUAAAUUGUCCUCUACUGCACAGGAUUAUCCCCCAGGGCCGUGCGUGCUUUCAGGUUCUCUGUGGCAUUGUUAACUAUUUAAGCAUUAGACCGGUGCAGAGAUGGCAGGUGGGAAAGGCCAGGGACUUGAUCUCCUCCCGGCCAGGGUUCUCCUCUUUCACUAGUGCUGCUUACAUUGAACAGCUUAAGAAUAAGCUCCUGUGUGAGCCCUCGGAGGCCAAGGAGUAUUGUUGAAUUCAGAAAGGAAUCUCUUUCUUUUAGUGAUAAUUUGAAUAUUUUGACAAUGGAGCUAAGCUACUCCACUGCCUGGUUUGCGUACCGCGUGUCAUGUGCAUGCUUUCUAGUGGGGCAGAAGAGAGCCUCCGCCUCUGAGUUCCUACGUUGGCAUUGUCUGUUGGUGAGAUGGGUAGGGAGCAAAGGAAGAAUCAUCCAGGAGAAUUUCACUCUCUUGCUUUAAUGUUUUCCAAAGCCUUUAAAAAGGAAUUAAUCCAGGCCUUUGGAGACCAUGAUAAAUGUGGAGUAUUUCGAGAAGAGAGAUGGACCAUGAAGAUGAUUUGUGAAGUGUUUAUACAUGCAAAGUGAGGAAUACAUUUAAAACAAAUUCUCUGGAUGAUUCAGACAAAGAACCUACUCACCUCCAGUUUUUUCCUGAAUUCAAGACAGGUUAUUUUAAAGAUUUAGUUGUCUAAAAUGGCCCUGAUUUUUCCAUUUUUAACUUAAAAUGAUGUUCUUAUCCAAAAUAAACAGAUAUAGCUUUUUUUGAUCAAAUUAAGAAAAGAGGCAACCAAGUGAAAAAAUUACUUAGGUGAGCUAUAAUUGGCUUUAUUUCUUAAUAUAUUUAUCUUUGUACUGGCUAAGAAAACCUUGAAAAGCUUUUCACCUAAAAGGAUCAACUGGUUGGAAUAGUCUUAGUUGGAAGAAGCCAAGCUUUAAAAUUAAUUGGUGAACAGAGAUGCUGGUUUCUGAAUGCUCCCCAGGGAUCUGUAGUGCAAAGCCGGCUGCAGACUUGGCCCCAGAGCCUUGGUAAAAACAUAAACCUCAGGUCCCCAGCGAUGCCACGUCAGCCUGUGCCAGAGAUUGCCCUGGCAUUCUAACGCCUGGCCAGGUUUAGUAAACCACUGGAUGGUCUGUUCAACUGGGAGCCUUCAGCCUUUCCACCCUGCACAUUUGCUAAAUCUGUACAUUUAUACAAAGCUGUUGUUGAAUAUGAAUGCCUACUAGUUUUACUGACGUUUUCAAUUCAUAAUUUGUUUCAGGUUUGUUAUUGCCUGGAUUUGCAUACCUGUUUUAUGGUAUUCUAAUACUGUUGAUUUUUUAAAAAUACUGUUUCCUCUGACUGCUAUUUUGAAUAUUUUAUGUUUGAAUCCUCAACCAGACACCUGCGAGGACCCCGUGACCACCUGAACACUGACGUUUCCCGUCACCCAACAGUCUGGUGUUCCAGGACUAGCCCUGGCUCUAGUGAUGCAGAUUACCUUUCUACUCCUGGAAUCUCAUCUGUGCCUCAGACUUUCUCCUCCCAGCUUGAGACUGCACAUACACUAGGAUGUGGGACAGCAGGAAGCAGAGCUAGUGGUCCCCAAGAGGCCCGUGUCUGGGUAGAACCAGCCCCAGGACGCUGCCUUUCCCCUGGGCUGGAGUUCAGCUGUGGGGGUUCGGCGCAUGUGCUCAGCACCAUCCUUCUAUCUGUGCUUAAAUGGCACAGCGUUUGGUCAGCGCCUCUGAAAAGGAAGGUGCGAGAAGCAAAGCCCAUGGCCACCUACCCCUGCCAGUUAUGUGGCAAGAUGUUCCUCACCCUGGAGAAGUUCACUAUCCACAAUUAUUCUCACUCCAGGGAGCGACCUUACAAGUGCUUGCAGCCAGAAUGUGGCAAAGCUUUCAUUUCCAGAUAUAAAUUAAUGAGACACAUGGCUACCCACUCGCCCCAGAAGACUCACCAGUGUGCUCACUGUGAGAAGACGUUCAACCGGAAAGACCACCUGAAGAACCACCUCCAAACCCAUGACCCCAACAAAAUGGCCUUUGGGUGUGAGGAGUGUGGGAAGAAGUACCACACCAUGCUGGGCUACAAGAGGCACCUGGCGCUCCACGCAGCCAGCAGCGGCGACCUCACCUGCGGGGUCUGCGCCUUGGAGCUAGGGAGCACAGAGGUGCUGCUGGAUCACCUCAAAGCCCAUGCCGAAGAGAAGCCCUCCACCGGAACCAAGGAGAAGAAGCACCAGUGCGACCACUGCGAGAGAUGCUUCUACACCCGGAAAGACGUCCGGCGCCACCUGGUGGUCCACACAGGCUGCAAGGACUUCCUGUGUCAGUUUUGUGCCCAGAGAUUUGGGCGCAAAGACCACCUCACCCGCCACACCAAGAAGACACACUCACAGGAGCUGAUGAAGGAGAGUUUGCAGUCUGGAGAGUUUCUGAACACUUUCCACUCUAUCUCUCCCCAGUUUCAGCUGAAGGCUGCCCCACUGUCUCCUUACCCGCUAGGGGCUCCUAUACAGAACGGGCUGGCCGGCGGCUUGCCCCCUGAGGUACAUGGCCAUGCCCACAACCCGCCAGAGCAGGUCUGCCCUCCUAUUCAGCCUCUGCCAGAGGGCCUUGUUCCCCUGCACCCCAUAGCACCUCCCGGCUCUCCCCCUGCGCCCCUCCAGAAUCACAAGUACACCGGUUCUACCUCAUACGCCCCACUUGCAAACCUGUCCCUCAAAGCAGAUACUAAAGGGUUUUGCAAUAUCAAUUUGCUUGAGGACUUGCCACUGCAAGAGCCUCAGUCACCUCACAAGCUCAACCCAGGUUUUGAUCUGGCUAAGGGCAGUGCUGGUAAAGUGAACCUGCCCAAGGAGCUGCCUGCAGAUGCUGUGAACCUAACAAUACCUGCCUCUCUGGACAUAUCCCCCCUUUUGGGGUUCUGGCAGCUGCCCCCUCCUGCUGCCCAAAAUGCCUUUGGGAAUGGCGCCCUCGCCCUGGGGCCUGGGGAUGCUCUGCCCCAUAGACUAGGCUGUCUGGGGCAGCAGCAGCAAGAUCCCUCACUAGCCAUGAGCACUAUGAGCCUGGGCCAGCUCCCCCUCCCACCCAUCCCCCAUGUUUUCCCAGCAGGCACCAGCUCUGCCAUCCUGCCUCAUUUCCAUCAUGCAUUCAGAUAAAUGAUUUUUUAAAGCAUACUUUCCUCAUUCUGGAAGCUGUUUUAAGAAGCAUUGUAAACGUCAGUUAUGUUACGAGGGAAUAUUUGGAAAGCAGGACUGUGAGUAUAGCUUAUUCAGUAAUGACUGGUUUGAGAUAAGAGAGUUCUCGAACUGCAUGUAUCGUGCCAAUCUGUCCUGAGUGUUAACGCUUUGUACCAAAUGUAAUAAGCAAGUAUUCUUUAAUGGAACUGCAACUAUUGUCAUAACCGGCGUCCGAACGGGGGCUGCUGUCCCUAGGUGUCUGUCAAACUGCAUUCAGUCGGAAGCCAUGAUCAUUGUAAUGUUGGCUGAGCAACUUUAUGUAGCGCUGCCUAGUAGGGGAGCUGUGGGAAGGUUUGGAUCUCUCCAAAAUGGGAGAAAAUUUGUUAAAUACGCAAGUAACCUUUAUACUGCUUAUUAUAACUAGGCUGUGUAUUUCUUUUCAGGGAUUUUUCUACCUUCACGGUUGGAUGUAGUUUAGUUACUAUUGCCAUAGCCAACCUGUAGUUUUACAGAAACAAAUUUCUUGUGGAAUAAUAGAUGUCUUCAUUUUAAACAAGCAUUUUAAAUGUAGUUUGAAUAUUUUCCACAAGACGCUACAAUGUGAGUUAUCACUUCAUUUAUCUUAAAGACUAAACUGGUUGUGUCAGUUACAUCUGACGGAAAAAUCACUGUGUACCCAGACUCAGUGGUAAAAUAACCCAUGCGUCAGUCAAAAAAGCAUUUUGCUGACUUUAAUAUUGAUUAUAUUUUUAACAGGAAUUUAAGAAAUAUUACUGGAAUUUAAAUAUAUAUAUAUAUUAAACAAGAAUUUUCUUUGCUCUGUCUGGCUUAAAAUACUACUCUGCUUAAGUAUAUUUUUAAUCAUCAGCAAAUAAAUGCAUUUAAAAAUUUAUCAUUUAAGUCAAUAUUAGUUGUAUUAAAAAAUAAUAACAUUUUGCAAUGUUAAUCUCUCUCUUAAACUUGGUAUCUAACGAGUUUUAAAAAUAUACAACCUAACCUUUUUGUUAAGACUCCUUUGUCUUUUAUGUUUAGAGGCUUUCUAUAUGAACAUGUAUCGUACAUAUAAUAAAGUCUGCAAAUCCUGA